AUGGAGCAACAGUCCAACAGGGCGCAUCGCCCUGCAAAGGAGAAGAAGAAGUUUGAGGGUGCCAAUCCGAAGGCCUUCGUUUCUUCCAGACCCGGAAAGCUCAACAAGCAGGCGGCGCGAGCACAUGAUGUCAAAGAGAAGAGACUCCAUGUGCCUCUCGUGGAUCGCAUGCCCGAGGAGGCUCCUCCAGUUGUCGUCGCAAUCGUCGGACCCCCAGGAGUCGGCAAAACCACUCUGCUCAAGUCUCUGAUCCGUCGCUACACCAAGCAGUCUCUCAGCUCCCCCCAGGGACCAUUGACCGUUGUCACAACCAAGCGCCAACGCCUCACUUUCCUCGAAUGUCCGUCCGAUUCGCUCGCGGCCGCGAUUGAUGUGUCCAAGAUCGCGGAUAUCGUGCUUCUCAUGAUCGACGGAAACUUCGGAUUCGAGAUGGAGACUAUGGAGUUCUUGAACGCCUUGUCAACGGCCGGUAUGCCCGGAAACGUUUUUGGUAUCUUGACACAUCUUGAUCAGUUCAAGAAGCAGAGCACGUUGAAGGACGCCAAGAAGCGCCUCAAGCACCGUUUCUGGAGUGAACUCUACUCAGGAGCUAAGCUGUUCUAUCUGUCCGGUGUUAUCAAUGGUCGCUACCCCGAUCGUGAAGUCCACAACCUUUCUCGUUUCUUGUCGGUCAUGAAGAACCCUCGUCCGAUCAUCUGGCGCAACUCUCACCCAUAUGCGCUCGCGGAUCGCUUCUUGGACAUUACGCCGCCUACUCAGAUCGAAGAGAACCCUAAAUGCGAUCGUACAGUCGCGCUCUACGGUUACUUGCGAGGUACCAAUUUCCCCGCCCACAGUGCGCGAGUUCAUGUUCCCGGUGUUGGUGACUUGACUGUUGCCGGCAUUGAAAGCUUGCCUGAUCCUUGCCCAACUCCUUUCAUGGAUCAGCAAAUCCAAAAGGCGACCGGAAAGUCGAAGGCACGCAAGCUUGGCGAGAAGCAGAAGCUCCUCUUCGCCCCGAUGUCUGAUGUCGGUGGUGUUUUGGUCGAUAAGGAUGCCGUCUACAUUGACGUCAAGUCUAAUACCUUUGACCGGGAUUCUGAUGAGGAAUCUGCCGAUGAGGAGCGUCGUGGUCUCGGUGAGCACCUUGUUGUCGGUCUUCAGGGUGACCGCAAGAUGCUUGGUGAGGCCGACCAAGGUGUUCGUCUCUUCCGUGGCGGUGAAGCAGUCGCCCAAGUCGAGGACGACGAGACCGGCCGAAAGGGUCAGCGCCGUGCUCGUGUUGCUGAAACUGAAUUCAACGACGAGGAUAUUCCCGAAGGAUCUGACAGCGAGGAGGAGGAUGAGAUCAUGGACGAGGAUGAUGUCACCGAUGAUGAAGGUGAACUCGAGAUGUCCGCGCCUGCCGAUUUCGAGUCACGUUUCAAGGCCAAGCAAAACGGCAAGGAGGCAGAGGAAGAAGACAUGGCGUUCGCCGACAGCGAUUCUGAUCUGGGCUCCAUCUCCUCCGUCGAAGACCAAGAGCUUGAGAGCGGCGAUGAAGACGAGAGUGAAGAUGGCGAGGACGAAGACGACGAGGAGGACGAUGAAGACUCGGAAGGCAACGUCCGUUGGAAGGAAAACAUGCUUGCCAACGCCAAAGCCACCCAUGGAAAGCGCCGCCCUUGGCGAGUCACCGACCUGUCACGAAUGAUGUACGAUGAAUCAAUGACGCCAGCCGAUGUCGUGAAGACGUGGCGCGGUGAAGACUCUGCCGACGAAGAUGACGAAGAUGAGACUGCCGACGACAACGGCGAGGAUUUCUUCAAGAAGACAGGCAACGAGAAGAAGGAUGAAGAAGACUUCCGCGCUGUUCCCGAAUACGACUACGACGAGUUGGAGCGCAAGUGGCGGGAUGAGGAGCUGAUUGAAUCACUCAGACGUCGCUUCAUCACCUCCAAGCUGUCAGGCGGCGGCUCGGAUGACGAGGACGAUGACAUGGAUGGCGACGAAGAUGAUGAGGACGAGGGUGACGGUGAUUAUGAAGAUUUGGAGUCGGGCGAAGUCUUCAACGGCAUCAAAGAAGAUGGCGAAGACGACGACGAGGAAGAGGAUGACGAGCCCGAAGAAACCCCAGACUUGGAAGCCGAGCGCGAGCGAAAUGCCAAAAAGAAGGAAGAGCUCAAGCUCCGUUUCGAGGAGGAAGAUCGCGAGGGUUUCGGGAAAGCCCAAGAUAACACACGCGAUGGCAUCGAUGGCGAAUUCGGAGAAGACGACUGGUACGAUUUACAAAAGGCGAAGCUCCAAAAGCAAACCGACAUCAACCGCGCCGAGUUUGAUAGCCUUGACCCGGCAUCGCGUGCACGCGCUGAAGGCUACAAGGCCGGUACUUACGCUCGCAUUGUCCUCGAAAAGGUCCCCUACGAGUUCGUCUCCAAAUUUAACCCUCGAUUCCCUCUUAUCGUGGGUGGUCUGUCUCCUACAGAGGACCGCUUCGGAUACGUGCGCAUCCGUAUCAAGCGCCACCGCUGGCACAAGAAGAUUCUGAAGACCAACGACCCGUUGAUCUUCUCUCUUGGUUGGCGCCGCUUCCAGACAAUGCCUAUCUACAGCACCUCCGACAGUCGAACAAGAAACCGUAUGCUCAAAUACACACCUGAGCAUAUGCAUUGUUUCGCUACCUUCUACGGACCCCUUGUUGCCCCCAACACUGGUUUCUGCUGUGUGAACUCGUUCUCUAAUAAGAACCCUGGCUUCCGUAUCGCCGCAACUGGUGUUGUUGAGAGCGUCGAUGAGCACACAGAAAUUGUCAAGAAGCUCAAACUUACCGGUGUGCCCUACAAGAUCUUCAAGAACACGGCUUUCAUCAAGGACAUGUUCAACUCCUCGUUGGAGAUUGCCAAGUUCGAAGGCGCGUCCAUCAAGACCGUCUCCGGAAUCCGUGGUCAGAUUAAGCGUGCGCUUUCCAAGCCCGAAGGACACUUCCGUGCUACCUUUGAGGACAAGAUUCUCAUGAGUGAUAUUGUCUUCCUGCGUGCCUGGUACCCCAUCAAACCUCACCGCUUCUACAACCCUGUGACCAACCUGCUGGACCAGAUUGAGGGCGAGAAGGGCGAUAGCGGAUGGCAAGGCAUGCGUUUGACCGGUGAAGUCCGUCACGCCCAGGGUAUUGCCACCCCUCAACUCAAGGACUCGACCUACAAGCCCAUCGAGCGACAGGAGCGUCACUUCAACCCACUCCGCGUCCCCAAGCAGCUGGCCGCGGACCUUCCUUACAAGUCCCAGAUCACCAAGAUGAAGGCCCACAAGGACCAGACCUACAUGCAGAAGCGCGCUGUUGUCCUCGGUGGCGAGGAGAAGAAGGCUCGCGAUCUCAUGCAGAAGCUCACCACCAUGCGCAAUGAGAAGCAGGCCAAGCGCGCUGCUAAGCAGGAGGAGCGUCGCAAGGUCUACCGUGCCAAGGUGGCCGAUAGUCUGGAGAAGAAGGCCGAGCGUGAGAAGAGAGAGCGCAAUGAUUACUGGCGCAAGGAGGGCAAGAAGCGCAAGAACCCAGAUGAGGACUCUGGUGGCCGUGGACGCGGCAAGAAGCGCAAGUGA